CAUUUUUCAGUUUUUAACUAUGCUUCUUUCGUUUUCUUCUAUUUUUCUUCAAUAUCCAACUUGAUUCUUGUUUUCUUCUGCUAUUCUCCAUUGAAAUGCAAGUUUUCUUUGUUUGAAUUGUGAUAAUUUCCCUUCUGCCUGGUCUAAGCGAAGAACAAAACUGGGAUUGCCUUGUUUUCCUUUCUAUUUUUCUACAUUUAUGGAAUUUCUUAUGAAUUGCUUAGGGAUAACUUCAUACGUCUGUUUUUAUCUUCCCUCCCCCCCCCCCCCCCCCCCCCCGAAAAAAAGUUUAUAAUAAUUUUGUUUUUGUCUUGUUUCCUUGACAAUCUUAGCUUACAUCAAGCUCCAAUGGUCCCCGGAUAUAAAAGUAUAUUAUCUCUUUUGGGUUUUCCUCCCCUUGUAAAAUCAACAUUUGUAUUCUUCUGUGAGAUUGUGAGGAGAGAAAAAAAAAAAAGAGGCAUUUUCCAAUAAUGCAAGAGUUGUUUCUCCAUUUCAUCAUUGAAUUAUAGUCCAAUUUCAAAAGCAAAAACAAGUUGUUAACAACUUCUUCUGUUUAGUUUUCCAAUUUGAUUUUUUAAAACAUUUGUGAAAAGUAGACAGACAUGAAAUUUAGAGGUGGAAUGAGUGUGUAUAUGCUAGAUUUUAAAAAAUAAGAAACUUAAAAUCAAAUAGUUACCAAACCGUGUCUUAAGAUUUAGAAGUGGAUUUCAUUCAAUUGAGCAACCUGACAAAGUGAAAAGGAAAAGGUUGAACAUUUAAAAAACUAAAUAAAAAAUGAAGGGGUUGGUCAUAGGAUGCGAUCCAGAAUCAACCAUGAUUAGUUUAACACUUUCCGCAGAAAUAAAAAAACAUGAAGUUGUAGAUUGUUUAUUUAGAAGUUGUGUCCUUUCAUUUCUUUCUCUUUCAACAUGCUUGGAGACGGCCUUAAUGGGUGGACUUUUAUGGGGAAGGGAAAUUAAACCUACUUUUGCAGAUGGACUUCUCUUUCACUGUUCCUUUGUCAAUAAUGGCAUGAAAACGAGCUGCUUUCUAUUGAUUGGUACGUGGAAGAUUUCUUUUGCUUGCUGACUAGAAGUUUCCGAUUGCUUUAUGCUGUACUAGUUUGUCAUGGGAUGCUAUCAUUCCAAGAAACCGAAAUCUCAAGGAUAUGAGGAUCCCAUUGUCCUUGCUGCAGAAACACCUUUUACAGUGAGCGAGGUAGAGGCAUUAUAUGAGCUUUUCAAGAAACUGAGCAGUUCAAUUAUUAAUGAUGGGCUAAUCCAUAGGGAAGAAUUUCAGCUUGCAUUGUUCAGAAAUAGAAAUAUGAAAAAUCUAUUUGCAGAUAGAAUUUUCGAUUUAUUUGAUGUGAAGCGCAAUGGGGUUAUUGAAUUUGGGGAGUUCGUCAGAUCAUUGGGCAUCUUUCAUCCUAAUGCAUCUAUCAAAGAUAAAAUUACAUUUGCUUUUAGGCUAUAUGAUUUGAGGCAGACUGGGUUUAUAGAGCAAGAAGAGUUGAAGGAAAUGGUUUUGGCUCUUCUUCAUGAAUCAGAGUUGAUCCUUUCGGAUGACGUCAUUGAAACAAUUGUGGAAAAGACAUUUAAUGAAGCAGACAUGAACGGUGAUGGAAAGAUUGAUCAAGAAGAGUGGAGGGAGUUUGUGAUGAAGUAUCCAUCAUUGAUCAAGAACAUGACAUUACCAUAUCUAAAGGAUAUAACCAUGGCAUUCCCAAGUUUUGUUGCAAGUACAGAAGUUGAAGAUUCAGAUGUUUAGUAGACCAUUAUCAAUCCGAUAAGUUUUCCCAGUUCAACAAGAAUGCCUCCGACGAUAAUCAAAAGAUACGGAGGUUGCUCACUCUAAAGAAGCGCCAAUUGGUGAACUCUGCAGUCAUUUCACUCCAAUAGUCCAUCCAUUUUCCUGAAGCCAAUUGCAUACAGAUUCUUGUGUAGGUCAUGUGGGCUCGAUCCAAAUGGUAUGAUUUUUCAGGAAAAGAAUCUCAGCUAUUCUGUGAAAUGUAAGUUGGCAAGUCCAAUUCCACGUUUAGGAAGAUCUGAAUUAACCAUUGUAGAUAAUCUCUAGAGUUUCAUUAUGUGCAUAAAAAUGUUGAAACUUUUAAUAGAGGUGUGAACUAGCAAGAGUAUAUAUAUAUAUUCAUGUUGGGAGUAUACAAUAACAUGAUACUUUGAACUCUUACGUUGAGAAA